UAUAAUCCUUUUAUUAUAAUAGGUUGGAUGGCUAAUAUAGAUAUUCAAUUAUAUACUAAUAUACAUAUUAUAUUUAAUUACGUAGCCAAGUACGUUUUUAAGGCUAAGAAAAGGAUAAAAUCUUAUAAUAAAAUUGCCAACGAAUUAAUACCCUAA